GCUCCACCUGGGGGUCCGGCGCCCGCCGCUCCGUCUGAGGGCCCGAGACCUGUCGCCCCAUCUGGGGGUCAGGCGCCCGCCGCUCCGCCUGGGGGCCCGAGACCUGUCGCUCCGCCUGGGGGUCGGCGCCCGCCGCUCCGCCUGAGGGCCCGAGACCUGUCGCUCCACCUGGGGGUCCGGCGCCCGCCGCUCCGCCUAAGGGCCCGAGACCUGUCGCUCCACCUGGGGGUCCGGCGCCCGCCGCUCCGCCUGAGGGCUGAGACCUGUCGCUCCACUUGGGGGCCCGGCGCCCGCCGCUCCGCCUGGGGGCCCGAGACCUGUCGCUCCAUCUGGGGGUCCGGCGCCCGCCGCUCCGCCUGAGGGCCCGAGAC